GACUUGAGGGGCGGGAUACACCUCUUCAUUGGUUGCCUGCUAAUUGCAGGGUGCAUAUACAGUAGACAAACAAUUAUUAAUAGUCACACCAAUUUAAAGUCUUAAAUACACCUUAUGUUUGUUUUGGGAAUGAGGGAGGACGCUGGUGUAACUGGAGAAAACCCACGCAACAGAAAAUCUAUGCCAACUAUGGAGAGUGGACAGAGCAAAAAAUUUAAAGAUUUCUGUUUUUAGCCUAGCUUCACUAAAUGCCCAGGAAGCAAAUGUUAACCAGCCAUGGCCAGUCUUACCUGUUAUAGUCUGACUAUUACACUCAUUUUAAAAGUUUUCAUUUUUGGGGAAGGGACACGACAAUGAAUAAAAAAUCAGGAGAGGUGAUAAACAUACCUGUCAAGCAGAGACAUGGCUAAAUUCUGCAUUGGCCAAUAAUCUUAUGCCCACUUGUCAUCAAACAUGGAAUCGACAUAUUUUUGUUGAUUUCUCCACAGGUGGAUAUUCCAAAAUACGUCCUGAAAAGAUCCUGAAACCCAAGCUAAGAAGGUCAGCGCCAAACUGCAGGGUGUCUCAGGAGGGUGUACGGAAACUGAUUGAUACUUAUUUGUUUACAUUUUCAGUCUCCGAUAGGUUGUUUUCCUACCCGUGCGGUGGCUUUAUAUUUUUUUUCCAGCUAGUGCAAACUAACUUUUAAGUGGUCAACGACCAGUUGGAAAAAGACCCACGAUUAACCUGUAUAUAAACCACAUUUAGGCCUCUUUUUUUUGGGUUUAUUUUGCAUGGUGCGACCUGAGAGUUCCUUAAUGAAUGUGCCUUGGUUCACAAUACAGGUUGGGAAGCACUGCUGUGCUGAGUGCAGAAUAUGUAUUAAUACCUUUGCACAUGACAGAUACUGUAUUUCCUCUUUCACUUCAGUGUAGGCGUGACCGUGAUUCGAAGCGUUUGCAGCUGGAUUUGAUCAAAUGAAACAGUGAACUACACGUCCCGAGGUGCCGUUUGCCCCCCCCCACCCCCCGCAGAUUUCAUUCUUUAACCUUCUCGAAGCGCCCUCUUGUAGUUUGAGCUGAAAUCAGAAGAGUGCACCGUUAUCAAAAGUCUCUUGUUUUGAGCAGGGUGUCAUUAAAAUCUCCAGUUCCUCCGCUGAAGAAGAGCCCAGCUUUGGGAUUGGGUAGCGAGCAGAUAGCGUAACAUCCCCCUCCUCCUCUCUGUGGAGAAUUGCGUUAAAACGAAAAAGGAUAGGCCUGCGCUUUAGCAACAUAACAGAACACAUUUGUUUUUUUUAUUUUAUUUUCUUAUUUCUAUAUUAAACGAGGACGCGUUGCUGGCUGGUGUAUGUGUUUAGAAUGGGACACGCUGAAGGUCCAGUCAAAGAAAAAGACAGUUAAGGAUGCCGGAGCCCAACAAUGGAUUUCUCCUUCUCUUUCAUGCAAGGGAUCAUGGGAAAUACAAUUCAGCAACCCCCUCAGCUUAUUGACUCAGCCAACAUCAGACAGGACGGCACCUGCGACACUGGCAGUGACCCGGGCGAGGAUGGCGGUCCCUCCUAUGAUGCGACCCUGGAUGCAGACUUCUACCCACCCUCAGCAUCAGAGGACCUGCCACACGUCUCCAACGGCUACCCGCCGGGUCUGGGCAUGUACGAGCCCCAGUCCAAGUUCUCCAUGUAUUCGCAGUUUCCCAAUGGUUCAGCUAACGGCUACGGGCCCAUACGCAGCUACGCGGAGCACGGCCUCCUCAUGCCAGGGGAGAGCACGGUACUAAGGGGUCCUGGUCUCCAGGAGCGACCCCGCUCACCUGUUUCGCCACCACUGCCCACACACCACCCGCACCUGCACCAUCACCACCAUCAUCUCCCCCACGCGCACCACUUCCUGUCAAACACGCCCCACAUCCAGAGCCACCCGCAGAGCCCCCCGCCACUGCCGCUGCCCACCCAGCACCACCUUCCCCACACGCCUCACAUCAUGACCCACACGCUGCCUCCUCCUCCACCCUUGCACCUGCCUUCGUCCAGCCCUCCCCCAUCGCUUGUGGACAGUACCCCUUCUUCACAGCCUGUCCAGCCCCCUCCCAGCGCUGCCACAGGAGUGCUGAAGAAAACCAGCUCUCCUGAGAUUAAGCUGAAAAUCAUCAAGACGUAUCAGAAUGGCAAAGAGUUGUUUGAAACGGCACUGUGUGGAGAUUUGCUGCAAGAACUCCAGAAGGAAUCUCAGAAAAACGAGGCAGCUCAGGUGCAGCGCCGACACGAGAGGAAGAAGGAGAAAAGGAAAAAGAGCGCAAAGCUGCAGCUUCACACCCAGGAGCAGAGUUUGGAGCCCCUCCAAGGGCAGGCGAGUAACAUGGGCCAGACGGUGGACGCCCACGUCCAGCCACAACCAAGAGAGGCUCCACCAGACCAAACGGAGAAGCCUCUGAAGACCGUUAUCCAAACUGAACCAAAGGUUCCAAAAGUCAAUCAACCCUCAGUGAUCCAAGAGACAGGAUUCUGCAAAGAAUUCGUCAUUGGAGAUUUAGUGUGGUCCAAAGUGGGCACCUACCCAUGGUGGCCUUGCAUGGUAUCAUCCGACCCACAGAUGAAGGUCCACACACGCAUCAACACCAGAGGUCACAGGGAGUACCACGUGCAGUUUUUUGGCAGCGUGGCAGAGCGAGCGUGGAUCCACGAGAAGAGGAUCGUUAUAUACCAGGGCAAGCAACAGUUUGACGAGCUCCAGGCGGACACACUCCGCAAGACCACAAACACUGUGGAAAAACACAAACUUCUCAAGCCGAUCCCUCAGAGGGAGCGCGCUCAGUGGGAAGUGGGCGUGGGCCAUGCGGAAGAUGCCUUCCUGAUGACGCGCCAGGAGCGCAUCGACAACUACACCUUCAUUUACGUCGACCCGGUCCCUAACGAGGCCCCAGUUGCAAAGAGACCCAUUGGUCGGCCCGAAAAGCGGAACCGGCGCUCUAGCGGCUCAAUCAAUAAGAAAGAAGACGGAGGAAUCAAGUCACCAGAGAGAGAGCAGCCACCAAGGAGACAGCUGCCACGUCGGCAGUGUAGUAUUUCCAACGCGGAUGACAACAGUGGCUCAAAUGAGAAGAAGAACCUGAGGGGGGACCAGAGCAAGUCUGUCUCCCCUAAACACGACGCUGGUUCUGAUUUGGGAGCCAAGCAGGAUUCCCCAGCGCCGGUCAGGGCAUGGAAAACUGCGGCAGCGAGAAAGCUGUUGCCUCUCUCCAUCACCAUGAAGAGGCUGAACGUGGAGAUCACAAAGUGUGACUGGCCUCUCCUGCAGAAAAAAAUUGCUCCCUCACCUAAAAAACAGAAGGAGGAAGAGGAGGAGGAGGAGGAGGAGGAGGAGGAAGAGGAGGUGGAGGAAGAGAGAGUCGAGGGAGAAGGCAGGCAGCCUGACCUGGGGUACUGUUCACCUGAGGACAGCAGAGCUAAACCCGAGCCCAGUCCCGAGGAAGAGGAAGACUUGGACGAUAUGGAGGACGAAGGGGAGGAGAGGAGAGAAUCUCCCGCCAGUCGGAGGAGUGAGGAGGGCGCAACACAGGCCACCUCAUCUCCUGGGUCUCAUCACAGCAGUCCGCAUGGUUCUCAAGAGAGGAAGCUGCAACGGCGGUCAGUUAGGAGCAGGUCGGAGUCAGAGAGAGGCAAUGACCCUGUCCCGAAAAAGAAAACCAAAAAGGAACAGGCAGAGAUGGCUCCAGAGGCCACACCAAGGGCAGGUUCCCAGAAAGGAGCCAGCGAGAUAUCUGACGCCUGUAAACCGCUGAAGAAGCGAAGUAGAGCAUCCACAGACGUGGAGAUGGCGUCCUCUCAGUAUAGAGACACAUCAGAUUCAGACUCCCGAGGUCUCAACGAUCCACAGGGUUUAUUUGGGAAGAGUCUCGACAGUCCUGCAGCUGCAGAUGCAGAUGCCUCAGACACUCAGUCUGUGGACUCUGGCUUGUCCCGUCAGGACGGUAGCACUGGGAAGCGGGACACUGUCUGCCAGAUUUGCGAGGUUUAUGGUGAGAAUUUGGUGGUGUGUGAAGGUGACUGCAAUAGGCAGUUCCACCUCGAGUGUCUCGGUCUGACGUCCCUGCCUGAAGGAAGGUUCACCUGCCUGGAAUGUAAAAAUGGCAAUCACCAGUGUUUCAGCUGUAAGAAAGCGAGCCAGGAGGUGACACGUUGUUCGGUGAUGGGAUGCGGAUGUUACUACCAUGAGGAUUGUGUACAUAAACUCCCAGGCACCACCAUCAGCAGCAGUGGCGGAGGCUUCAGCUGCCCUCAGCACAGCUGUGCCACCUGCUGUCUGGAGCGAGACCUGCAGAGAGCCGGCAAAGGUCGCCUGAUGCGUUGCAUCCGCUGCCCGGUGGCGUAUCACACAGGCGACAGCUGUGUGGCGGCGGGCAGCGCCAUCCUGACACAUCAUGUCAUGAUCUGCAGCAGCCACAGCAGCACCAAGAAGAACGGCCUCCUCACAUCCCCUGUCAAUGUGGGCUGGUGCUUCUUGUGUGCCAGAGGGCUGUUAGUGCAAGACCUUACUGACACCAUAUUAAGUUCAUAUGCCUAUAAGUCCCACUACCUUCUGACUGAGUCAAAUCGUGCUGAGUUGAAAUUACCUAUGAUUCCCUCUCCUUCGUCAGCUACCAAAAAGAAUAUUGGGAAAGGAGGCAAGUUGCUGUGCUGCGACUCGUGCCCAGCUUCCUUCCACCCGGAGUGUUUGGAGAUGGAGAUGCCCGAGGGGCCGUGGUCCUGCAGCGAUUGUAGGGCCGGCAAGAAGCCUCACUACAAACAAAUUGUCUGGGUCAAACUGGGAAACUACAGGUGGUGGCCGGCAGAGAUCUGCAAUCCUCGCCUAGUGCCGUCGAACAUCCAGAGCCUUCGUCACGAUAUCGGCGACUUCCCCGUAUUUUUCUUCGGUUCCCACGACUACUACUGGAUCAAUCAGGGCCGUGUCUUCCCAUACGUUGAGAAUGACAAAAACUUUGUGACGGGUCAGAUCAACAUCAACAAGACUUUCAAGAAAGCUCUGGAAGAAGCAGCCCGGAGGUUUCAGGAGCUCAAAGCCCAGAGAGAGAGCAGGGAGGCUCUUGAGCAAGAGCGGAACUCUCGCAAACCGCCACCCUACAAAUUCAUCAAGGCCAACAAACCCGUAGGCAAAGUGCAGAUGCACGUUGCUGACUUGUCCGAGAUCCCACGUUGCAACUGCCGCCCCGCGGACGAGCAUCCGUGCAGCCUCGAGUCUCAGUGUCUCAACCGCAUGCUGCAGUACGAGUGUCACCCUCAGGUAUGUCCUGCGGGAGACAAUUGCGAGAACCAGUGUUUCACUAAGCGCCUCGAUGCUGAGACGGAGGUGAUAAAGACGGAGGGCUGUGGAUGGGGCCUCAAAACCAACCAGGCUCUGCGGAAGGGGGAUUUUGUGACCGAGUAUGUCGGAGAAGUUAUUGAUUCGGAAGAGUGCCAGCAGCGAAUUAAACGCGCCCACGAAAACCACGUCACUAACUUCUACAUGCUAACCCUUACGAAGGAUCGUGUGAUCGACGCUGGUCCGAAAGGGAAUUCUUCCCGGUUCAUUAACCACAGCUGCAGCCCCAACUGUGAAACCCAAAAGUGGACGGUCAACGGCGACGUCCGCAUUGGACUCUUUGCCCUCUGCGAUAUAGAACCUGGCACCGAGAUGACGUUCAAUUACAACCUGCACUGUGUGGGCAACAGGAGAACAUCCUGCCACUGCGGUUCAGACAACUGCUCAGGUUUCCUCGGGGUGCAGCCAACUAGUGCCGUGGUGCUGGAGAAAGAGGAGAAGGCCAGAAACGCCAAGCUGAGGCAGAAAAGGCGGAAGCUGAGGAUGGAGGGCAAACACACGCACGAGUACUUCUGCUUUUGCUGCGGAAAGGGAGGAGAGCUGGUGAUGUGUGACAGAAAGGAGUGUCCCAAGGCGUACCACCUACUGUGUCUCAACCUCAGCAAGCCACCAUAUGGGCGUUGGGAGUGUCCGUGGCACGACUGCAGCGUCUGCGGCGCACCGGCUUCGUCUCUCUGCGACUUCUGCCCUCGCUCCUUCUGCCGGGACCACGAGACGGGGGCGCUCACCGCAUCCUCGCUGGAAGACCGCCCCUGUUGUUCCAGCCACAACCCCCUCAGUCCUCUGGGUUCCGGCCCCGGCUCGGCUCCAGCGCCGCUCCCGACUUCCUCUCUGAGCCCCGUCGCAGUCAAAGAGGAACCGCAAAGAGACGAUGUGGCGCCCUCGUUACCUCGUUCCCUGUAGAGUGCACUCCCAGUACACUCCGCCUACCUGUGCUCGCUAAAGGGAAUAUAGAAUUUUUUUUUUUUUUCCAUUUAGGUUUUUUUUUUUUUUUUUUUUUUU